AAAAAAAUUCCCAGUUCUUUCUCAGUUCCCCCUCCCCGGCCGCCGUCAAUCCCCGCCUCUCCCCGGCAUAUACCUCCAUCGAAACCACCACCUUUCCUUCCAUCUGAUACUCUGAGAGAGAGAGAGAGAGAGAGAGAGAGAGAAUGGGUAAGAACGAGAAGACGGGUCUGGGUAGGGCUCUGGUGAGACAGCACAACCAGCUGGUUCAGCAAACGAAAGAGAAAGGCCUGAUGUACAAGAGGCAGCAGAAGAAGGUUCUCGAAUCCGUCACCGAAGUCAGCGACAUCGACGCCAUCGUCGAACAAGCUGACGAGGCCGACCGCCUCUUCUCCCUCGACCACCCUGCCCCUAACCUCCUCAUCGACCUAGAUGGGAAUGAGAUAACCCCGGAGCAGGGGAGGGAGCAGAAGAGGAAAGAGGAGGCCCUGCACGCCGGAAGUCUGCGGGUGCCGCGGAGGCCUGCGUGGACCCCUCAAAUGUCUGUGGAGGAGCUGGAUAACAAUGAAAGGCAAGCCUUCUUGACUUGGCGCAGAAGCCUUGCCAGGCUUGAGGAGAACGACAAGCUUCUCCUUACUCCUUUCGAGAAGAACCUCGAUAUUUGGAGGCAGCUAUGGCGGGUUGUGGAGCGUAGCGAUUUGCUUGUGAUGGUUGUUGAUGCGCGAGACCCGCUAUUCUAUCGCUGCCCUGAUCUUGAGGUUUAUGCACGAGAGGUCGACAAGCACAAAAGGACAAUGCUUCUUGUUAACAAAGCAGAUCUCUUACCUUUAUCUGUUAGAGAGAAGUGGGCUAAUUAUUUCUGUUCGCAAGAUAUUCUCUUUGUGUUUUGGUCGGCUAAAGCCGCUACAGCAGCUACAGAAGGGAAAAAUCUCAGUUCCCCGUGGACAGAAGAUAACCUGCACGAGUCAGAAGACCCUGAUACUAAAAUAUAUGGGAGGAUUGAGCUAUUGGCUCGUUUACAAUCUGAGGCAGAAGAAAUAGUCAGACUGAGGAAAUCAGGAUCCAAUGAUUCUCGAAGUGGAAGUGUUGUUGGAAAUUCAGCUUCCAGUAAUGUAGUUGUGGGAUUUGUUGGAUAUCCAAAUGUGGGAAAGAGCUCGACUAUUAAUGCCUUGGUAGGCCAGAAGAAGACAGGUGUUACCUCUACUCCUGGGAAGACAAAGCAUUUCCAAACAUUGAUUAUGUCUGAUGAGUUAAUGCUAUGUGAUUGCCCUGGAUUAGUCUUUCCAUCAUUUUCAAGCUCUAGACAUGAGAUGAUUGCUUCUGGUGUAUUGCCAAUUGAUCGAAUGACCGAGAAUAGGGAGGCUGUGCAGGUAGUGGCCAAUCGAGUUCCAAGACAUGUUAUUGAGGCGGUUUACAGGAUUGAUCUGCCCCAACCCAAAUCCUAUGAAUUGCAGUCUCGACCUCCUCUGGCAGCAGAAUUUUUGAGGGCCUAUUGUGCCUCUCGUGGUUAUGUUGCCUCAAGUGGACUUCCUGAUGAAACAAAAGCUGCCCGCCAAAUUUUGAAGGAUUACAUUGAUGGGAAACUGCCCCAUUAUCAAAUGCCCCCUGGAAUGACUGCUGAGGAAGAUGAUGUGGGAAACGUCUUACCUGAACAUCAUAAGUCAGGCUCCUCUGAUGAUGAAAACUCUGAAGAUGAUGAAGGUGAAGACGAGCCGGAGCUUGAUCAUGCCCUGGAAGACCUCAAUUCAUUUGACAUAGCUAAUGGGCUUGCUACCAAGAAGAAAGUCGCUGUCAGGAAGCCCACUGCGCCUCAUAAACAACACAAAAAGACUCAGAGGAAAAAGGAUCGCUCCUGGAGGGUAGGCAAUGAUGGUGGAGAUGGAAUGCCAGUUGUAAGAGUGUUUCAGAAACCAGCGAACACCGGUCCUGUUAAGGUUGGAUAGUUUAUUCGUGCACCCUUAAACCUUUAUUCAGCCUAUUGUGCUGCAAUUUAGAAUCCAUAUGGGUUAUGUGUAAUAGCAAUCAAACUCUGUUUCCUGAGCAUGGGUGUCAUCCCCAUAACUUUGUUUCGGCCCAACCCACCACACCAACAAGGGUGAGUGAAGAAAGUAUAAGGAAGCAUUUAUGUAGCUGAAGAGUGGUUCUGUUUUUAGGACCGGGAUUCUCUCCGGAUCCUCUGGAUCUUUCAAUUCUGAAGCUGGAGAGAGAGAUGGAGAAAAGGGAAGAAGAUGAACAUGGGAAGGUUAACAGGGAAGAAGAAAGAAGAAGAUGAACAGGAGAAGGUGAAGGUGAACAUGGAAUUAAUUUCUGGUCAUUCGAUUUUUGUUUGAACGGACAGGAUCGAAGGACCCGUUGGAUAUGGAUGGAAGGGCCUAUUCGCUUUUUUAUAUGUUUUCUUAUUGACAAUUGUGUACUACAAAUUCGACACUGGUAAAAUAGAGUUCACAAAUUGAAAUCCAAAAUAGAACCCCUUGUUUA